GACGAUGGUUCCGCAAUAGCAGGAUGUUGUGGUACCGACCAGAGAACUCGGAUAAACUUGUCAGAGAAUACCUUGGCACCGGACCGAGCGUCAGAAACAAGAUGCUAAAAAACUGGGGUGUCAUUGGUGGUGUAGCUGCUGCCAUUGCAGCUGGUGUGUACGUUUUGUGGGGCCCAAUCACUGAGCGAAAGAAGCGGAAGAGAGGUAUGGUUCCUGGUCUGCUGAACUUGGGUAACACUUGCUUCCUGAACUCCUUGCUUCAGGGCCUGGCAGCGUGCCCGUCCUUCAUCCGGUGGCUGGAGAGGUUUUCAAGCUCACCCGCAAUCCAGUCGUGUAAAGAAAACAAGUUGUCCACAACCCUUCUCCAGCUUCUCAAAGCUCUAUCCAGUAUUGAGCCUGGGGAUGAAGAUGUGCUGGAUGCUGGAUGCUUGCUGGAUGUUCUCAGACUUUACCGGUGGCACAUCAGCUCAUUUGAAGAGCAGGAUGCCCACGAACUCUUUCAUGUCCUAACGUCAUCUCUCGAGGAGGAGAGGGACCGCCAGCCGAAAGUCGCCCACUUCUUUGACAUGCAGUCUCUAGAGAGCCUUCCCAAUCAAGAUGAGAGAACACGGACCUGCAAGAGUCGAGCUCCUCUUCACCCGAUUCUAAGCUCUUGGAAGUUUCGGCAUCCUUUUCAUGGCCGUUUAACGAGUAAUAUGUUGUGCAAACGGUGUGAGCAACAAAGUCCUGUGCGAUACGAUUCCUUUGAGAGUCUUUCGUUGUCUAUCCCUUUACCUCAGUGGGGUCGACCGGUCUCGCUGGAUCAGUGUCUACAGCAUUUCAUCUCCUCAGAAACGAUCAAGGAAGUAGAGUGUGAAAAUUGCACCAAGCUUCAGCGAGGGACAAGAGUCAACGGACAGCUUGUGGAAAGUCAGCGGACAACAUUCGUAAAACAGCUGAAAUUAGGAAAGCUGCCCCAGUGCCUCUGCAUCCAUCUGCAAAGACUCACAUGGUCCAGCGAAGGAACCCCGAUUAAAAGACAAGAGCAUGUGCAAUUUACGGAGUUUCUAUCAAUGGACCGUUACAAACACAACACUUCCAUACAGAUGAGUCAGCGCACCAAACGUGCUGGGAAGCACCAAAAGGCAGACCAUUUAGGCAAGGCUACAGAAAAGCCUGCUACAAAUGGCACAGGUGCGGAGCAUCAUAACAACAACAAAGCCUUUGCAAAUGGAAACUCUUCAUCUGUCUGUUUCCAGUCUACUUGUGGGACCACUCAGCUGGGCCUCACAUAUGACUUCCACUCCCCGCAGUACCUUUUCCAAGUCACGGCUGUGCUGGUUCACCAUGGUGACAUGCACUCAGGACAUUUUGUAACGUACCGGCGCAGCCCCUCCCCGCCUUGCAGUUCCUUGCCAUACACCUCUCAGUGGCUGUGGGUGUCGGACGACUCGGUCCGCAGAGCCAGCCUGCACGAGGUGCUGUCCUCCAACGCUUACAUGCUCUUCUACGAGAGAGUCCAGAAGCAGAGCGCUCUGUCACAUUCGCAGGAGUAAGUGAAAGCCCACAGGCUGAAUUCAUGCUGCUGCCUUUCCAGUCGCACCGUUUAAAAUGGAUCUGCCCAUUACAACAUGGUUGAUGGCGAACUGGCACGUAUGCGUCGUUUGACUAUAAGGUAUUUCUUGCGUGAACGGAUCAUCGCAAUGACUUGUCAUGCUGUGAUGUUGCUGCUGUAAUCCCAAGCAGGAGACUCCAAUUCCAAAGAAUAUGGACAUGAUGUCUUACUCUAAUGUAUCUGACUUGUGCAGAAAAACUGAGAAAUGUGAUAAAAAAAAAAGUACAUGCUUGGUUCAAAUCUCAAUAGGUUCAUGUGUCAUGCAUUUACACUUAAAAACUAUUUGAAUGCAA